GGUGUCUGUCGUCUGCUAAUGGAUCGACAACAAACAUUCCAGACCUCCAGUAGUGUGUCAUGGAGCUAAGGGCCAUCACGUAGCCCUUUACUUCGAUAUGAUUCCUUUUUCCUGAACAUUUUUAAGGCACAAGGGAUGGUUCAAGGUGCCGAGGCCAAGAUGAAGGGCAGUGCGGCGGAGACGGUGAAGGUGGUGGUGCGGUGCCGACCCAUGAAUGAACAGGAGACCGCCAAUGGCCAUAAAAGGGUGGUUGACAUGGAUGUGGACCGAGGCGUGGUGGAGCUCCGCAACAUCAAGUCAGCGGAGACUGAUCCUCCGAAGACCUUCACUUUUGAUGCUGUUUAUGACUGGAAUUCCAAGCAACAAGAACUCUACGAUGAAACAUUCCGACCUCUUAUUGACUCUGUUCUAAGUGGGUUUAAUGGUACAAUCUUUGCCUAUGGUCAAACUGGCACUGGCAAGACCUACACGAUGGAAGGUAUACGUGAUGACCCUGAACAACGAGGUGUUAUUCCAAAUUCAUUCGAACACAUAUUUAAUCACAUCGCUCGCAGCAGUAACCAGCAGUAUCUUAUUCGUGCCUCCUAUCUGGAAAUUUACCAAGAGGAAAUUAGAGACUUACUUGGGAAAGACCAGAAGAGACGAUUAGAGCUGAAGGAGCGGCCAGACACUGGGGUGUUCGUCAAGGACCUCCAGCAGUUUGUGUGUAAAAGUGUCAAUGAAAUCCAGCAUGUGAUGACUGUAGGGAACCAGAACAGAGCUGUUGGGUCAACUAACAUGAACCUUCACAGCUCUCGGUCUCAUGCAAUCUUCAUCAUCACCAUUGAAUGUAGUGAUGUGGACGAAAAGGGUAAAAGUCGUAUCAGAGUUGGGAAGCUAAACCUUGUUGAUUUGGCAGGGUCUGAACGACAGUCUAAAACUGGCACUGUGGGUGACAGAUUAAAAGAGGCUACCAAGAUUAAUCUGUCACUAUCAGCUUUAGGAAAUGUCAUAUCUGCGCUGGUAGAUGGCAAGAGUACUCACAUUCCUUAUAGAGAUUCCAAGCUCACACGCCUCUUGCAAGAUUCGCUGGGAGGAAACUCAAAGACCAUCAUGGUUGCCAACAUUGGGCCAGCGAGCUACAACUACGAUGAGACAAUAACGACUCUCCGUUAUGCCAACCGUGCCAAGAACAUUAAGAACAAGCCAAAGAUUAAUGAGGACCCUAAAGAUGCCAUCCUCAGAGAGUAUCAACAGGAACUUGCUCGCCUCAAGCUGCGGGCUCAACUUACGCAACGUGGAGGGAAGAAGAAAAAGAAAAAGAAACACGAGGAAGGGGAUGUGGAUGAAGAGGAAGAGGAGGAUGAAGAAGGUGGUGUUGAUGAAGAAAGUAUACUCCAGCAGCAGGAGGAGCUGGAUGAAGAGAGGAACCGCAUCCUCAAUGAUCAACACAUGAUUGGAGAGGAAAAGCAGCGGUUCUUAACGGAACUGAAAAACAAGGAGGCUGAGUUGACUGCCACUAAAGAGGUCCAAGAAAAGCUCAUGAGCCGUAUCCAGACCAUGGAGUCAAAGCUUCUGUCUGGCGGGAAAAACAUUAUCGACCACACCAAUGAGCAGCAGAGAGCGUUACAACAGAGAACACAGGAGCUCAUGGAACAGAAGAAACGAGAACGGGAAAUGUUACAGUUAUUAGAGAAGGAAGAAGAUUCAUCCUGUGAGAUUGCAUCUACCUUUUCGUCAUUACAAGCAGAAGUUGAGGCUAAAACUCGCAAACUGAAAAAAUUGUUUGCCAAGUUACAGUCUGUGAAGCAGGAGAUGGGUGACCUCCACGAAGAGUUCUGCAGAGAUCGUGUGGACCUCCAACACACCCAGGAUGUGCUCACAAGAGAAUUAAAACUGAAGGCCCUCAUAAUUGAGAACUUCAUUUCCCCGGAGGAAAAACGAAAAAUUCUCUCCCGGGCAUUUUUCGAUGAUGAUGAGGACAUCUGGAAGCUCCGGCCAGUGGUUCGUCAAACAGGCGGUACCUUGAAGAGACCGGUGUCGUCGGCUUCCCGGAGACCGACCUCCGAGUAUGCCAAGAUGCAGGCAUCUGUUGAUCACAACCCAAGAUACAAGGGUGAAAACAUUAUGGUUGUCGAGUUGGAUCCUGCCGUGCGUACGACAAGAGACUGGGAAGGCCCCUUAGUGGCACCACUAGUCGCUGCCGCACUGGAGGCCGCUCUCAUGCCUCUCGACGAAGACCUCAGCAUUGAUGCUUCCCUCGCUACGUUAAAUCGCUCUCAGGCAGUCAGGUCAACCCGGAAGGAGAAGACCAAAGGAAAGUUGCCCCCAUGUGCUAAUGAUGAGAUUGGUGCUGUAAUAAAAAAUUACAAACAAACCAUGAGUACAAUCAUUCCUGAGAUUCAAGAGUGGGUUGCGCCCCCCAUCGCAGGUGCCGGACAGUUCCAUGUACCCAAAGUCCCGCGGUCUGGUUCCCAAAUAACCAGAUCUGUGUGGACUCCACGAAGCUCUACAGUGUUCGAAGAUGAUUAUGACGAGGAUCCCAGAUUUUUUGGAAGUGGCAUUGGAGAAACCGUAGGAAGUGACGUUGGUAAAAUGCUACCAAAGAGACAAGUGGCUAAGAAAGUAAAUGAUAGUCAUACUGAGAGUGAUGAUGCAACUAGAAAUUCACAAGUUGUGGAAAGUUGCAUAAAAAAAGGUUACAGUUGUAUUCAAGAUGAAGUAUCGACUCCAGAGAAGUCGAGGAGUGGUUCGGUAGCACAACUAGUAAGUAUUGAAGAAUCACUGCACUUGAGCAUGGACAAGGGAUCCUGUCUCAUUCUCGGGCCUUUUGGAGCUCGACGCACCUGCUAUCACUAUAGGCCUCAAGUCAAGCGCUGUGUGACAUCCUUAUUUAGAACUCCUCUAAGAAAGGUGCUAUCCAGCACUUUCUGUUGUGUUAAUAAACAACAGGCUUCCUGCCCUAAUUCUUCCUCUACAAAUCUUGUAUGCCAAAAAACCCAACCAGAUUAUAAGAGAUGGUGCCUCAGAAAGAGUUCUUCAAGUAAAAGGUAUUGUUUAGGCAGAACCUGUCAUAGCCACACCUCCAUGAAAUCUCAUUCAAAGAUGCUUGAAAGAAAUGUUCCAUACAGAUUUAGCUGCCUCCUGCGCAAGAAAAAUAUUCAGUGGAAGGCCUCCAUGCACCCGUGCACGUACGAGAGAAUAUUAUGGCGCCUACCGUCCUCCCUCUGGAAGCAGCUCGAGCUAUGCCUGAUUCAUUUCGAGGAUGAUAAUGCCUUACAGUUCCUCACCCCAGUUAUGUACUCGUUAAGACGAUUCAGUGGUUUCCCAGGAUCCCGCAUGGUGUACUCUUUAAGCCGGGACAGUUAUGGUGUCUCGGAGAGAGCUUGGGAAGACCUGGUGAUGGCGCUGUGUUUGUGCUGUGUAUUGGCGUUUAUCUGUCGUGUGUAUGCGGGAGUAUGUGGCUGUGUAACAGAAACGCUGGAUUGGAUCUCUUGGUAGACUUGCAUGAUGAGGUAAAUCAACUUUUAUUUCCUUUAGCUCAAGAGUGUGCUACAUCUGGAGAAUUUGUUCUUUUUUUAAUAAAUAGCAUUGCAUUUUGCAUUUUAUGAACAGUUUUUCUCAAAAUUUCUAAUGCAAAACAUAAUUGGUGCAUGUAAUUUUGAUUUGGCAUGUGGCUUAAGGAACAAGUUUUGAACAAUCUGUCCCAAUAAUGUUUAAGAGAUGCUGCGUGAUGAACCAUUUUCCGUAAUGGUGUGAAUAAGUGCAGAGGAAUAUUCAGUGAUAAAAUCAAAAGGUAUAAUUGUACAUGUGUGAGUCCAAAAUAAUAUCCAGUCUUCAUUAUGCUUGAAAGCAAAGAAAAUUUAUUCUUGGAAAGCUUUUGAUCAGAUGCAGGUAUAACUUCAUGAAUUUAAUUUAAAUCUAUUUAUAAACCUAAAUUACUCGCUGCUUUCCUUCAGCAUUCACCAUGAUCACUUCACCAGAAAAUGUUUAAUUUUAUUUAUAAUUCAGUAUCAGAUAUUUAUUUACAUACAGCACAAGCCUGGCAAUGUAUUGGUGUGUCUGCUUUGGCUUACAUCUCAGGAUUUAGGAUCUCAAAGUUUGUACGAUAAAUAUUCUCCGUAACUGAGAAUGUAAAAACACAUCCCAGUGGUUGAUUUAAGCUAAAGCACAAAAAUGGCAUAAGAAUUACACUUAGAUUAUCUUAACUACUUAUGUUAACCUAUCACCACUUUAAGGACUAUUUUGUCAUCUAAUUGCUGAAAAAUAUAUAGUUGGUAGAAUCAUUGAUGCUGUUUGUGUUUGUUACUUUUGUACUUCAAUUUAUAUAGUAUUCUUACAUCUUCAUUUACAAGGGAUAAUCAUUGUACAAACCUUUAAGAAUCAAAACCCAGGUCUGUAGGUUAAGAAAAUUAAUUGGUGUGGUUUGUAAAACAUCAGUAAAGGUAGAAAGAAGUUAAUGAUGACGAUCUUGGAUGUUUUGUGAAAGAAAUUAUGUUCAGUAGGAAAAAAUUUCAGUAAAGUUCUGAUUUUCAAAAAAAUUCCAACUAAUUUGCACAUGGGAACUAUUGUGUAAACAAAUACAGAAUAAUACAAAUUAUAUAUUGAUAGCAUUGGUAGUAACUUAAUUAACCAAGCCCAACAUAAUGUGGAUAAGGUUAGGUUAAGUUAAGGUUGUAAAGGAUGUUUCUUAAUGAAAUGGGAUUUUGUUUACCAUGUGCUGUAUGUAGUAGUAUUCUUGAAGUUAACCCAAUUUGGUAGCAUUUUGAUUAACCAGUCAGUUAUCCCUAAAAUAUUUGACAUAUUCAAAUCAAAAGGAAAUUAUUUUAUAGUUUGUCUUUAGUUCUAGAUUCAUAAGCCAUUUAAGAGCACCUACAGGAUAGAUGUUGUGUGCAAGAAUAAAUAUUUUAGAUUUACCAGAUCAGUGUUAAAUCGGUAGCAGAUUGACUUUACUGUAUCAGUGUUUUGAAACCACACUGUAAUUGUUUUUUGGUGUUUGUUGUUUGCAUUGUACACAGCAAGUUUUUUGUGUUUCCUCAUUAUUUCUGCUGGCAUAAAGUGUUGCUCUUCUGGUGUAAAUAAGUGUUUAUCAUUGUUUUUAUUGAUAAUUGAUUUCUUGGUGUAGACACUGUAAUAAGUGCAUAUAUGAUUGUGUUGGAAAAACCUUCAUUUAUAAUUUUGUAAAGGCCAGAAAACUCACUGAUGCUCAAAAGUGAGCCAGAAUAUGUCCUGAUAUGUCCAAGUUGUGAUCUUGACACACUCUUAGAUCAGAAUUAUAUGUGAUUGAAAUACUAAGGAAAUUCAUUCUUCAAAGAGAAUAAAAACACUUGUGUUUUUCAACAUGUAAUGUGUGAUAUUACAGAAAGUGUGACAUGAUAGAAAGACUCAAUUGUGUUGAACUCAAUACACACUUGAGAAGGUGGUUUAUAUCGGCAUUUUGAGAGUCCCAUCUGUUUAAUCAAGUACAUUUUGGCAUUUGCAUGAAAGCCUCAUCAUUUCUGCAUUGGGAUAAAUGCUAAAUUUUAACAAGCACAGCUUUAAACAGAAGUACACUUUAUAGGUAAUGCAAAGGCAUGUGAUAUACUCCUUUGCCCUCUAAAUUGGUGGAUUGGUUAUGUAAUUAAAGCUUUUCUCCCUUCAUAAGAUCCUUGUCUUGCUGGCUCUGUUAUAAGUGUAGGGUUGAACAAGAUGACAGUGUGCUACCAUAGGUGUUCAGGAUCCAGCAAACUUAACUAGCUUUGCAUAUUAACACAAUCCAAUCAAUAAAGAGAAUACUUAACUUGUUUUUAAUAGGAAAAGUAUUUUUAACCAGUAAACCUUAUAAGAAUUGAAUUGAUUGCAUCAGUCAAAUUGCAAAAUACCCUGUAUAGUUUUAUUUUUGUAUUUCAUUUGUCAGUUCUGAAUUUUUUAAAUAAUAAUUAGUGGAGAUUAGUAUCAAGUCGGUGAUGCUUCCUUACUGUAAAACUGUGUUUAAACAUGGCUGAUGGCAACUUGGUCACCCGAGCCGUGCCCAUCCCCUGGUCUCUUGCAUUCUCACUUAGAUAGCAUGCCAAUACCUGGAUUUCCAUUGGUGAUCUGGGGGCCCAUUCUGGUCUAAUCAGGUAAUUGCAGCUAACUCACACAGGCAUGGAAAUUGGGCAUAAAGCAUUGAUGAUGAUGAUACCCUGGUAGUUGAAGCAUUUAAAACAAGAACAAUAAUUGAGUAGUGUUCCAUAAAUGUGUAUAUUUUGGUGCAGAUCUGAUGAAGGCAAUAGUUUUUAUGCUAAAGUGUAUGGAGAGUUGCUACUUAAGAUUGCUAAAUAAACUUUCUUUUUACACAGAUAGAGGAAAAGAAAAAUCCAGCAAAAAUAUGUAAAUUUAUGUAUCACAAUGUCAUUACUCACUACAGCCUCUCGAUGGUGGUCUGGUCAGGCGAGAUAUCCAUCAAGCCUGGCUGGUCCCAUAGUCGAGUCUGUGUCUGGUAAAAGGGGUUGACCGUGGGCUCCUGGUGGUCUCCUAGUCAAACCCGCGACAAGACUGAUUACAUGAUAGAAUGGGGGAGAGAGAUGCUUGUGCUAUGGGGGAGGGUGUGAUGCCUUGCUUUGUAUUAUUGUUAUUUCAACAAGUGGUGAUGCUUAUGUGCUUCUUUGCCUUGGUUGGUAAUUGUCAGUGUGUUCUUUGAAAGAUCUGAAAAUUUUAUUUAUAUAUGAUAACCUCAUUAACGAAGGUACCUUAUUCUUGCUCGUCUCAGUUUUGUGUAAAUUAAUUUAUUUUAUAUUUUUAGGGAGGGUUUGGGAAUGCUUGCAGAAUAGACUGGUCUUGAUUUGACUUUACAAGAGAACUUUAGGUUUGUUUAUACAUGUGAAUACAAUUAAUUGGCAUAAAGGGUUAUUAAUUUGAUUUGAAGACUGGGGUGAGGGAGGGAGAUGUAUUUAAUGAAUCUGUUAAUGCAGGAUAAAAGGAAGAAAUCUUGAAUCUGGUAUUUAUAGGGAUACAGUAUGAUCUGGUGUGUGAUGAGAAAAGAAGAAUAUUUGGUACAGUACAGUGCUGACAUGUGUUAUAUAUGACUGAAGGGGAUCAAUAUCCGGCUAAGCAGGUGGUCAUCCUAAGAAAAAAGAAAAAAUGGGCUGUUGUGUUGAAUGAAAAAAUCCUGACAACUAUAGUUAUGUGUUGCCAUUGAAUAGGACCCAAUUAAGAUUACACUCGCUAGUGAAAUUUACUAGUCACAACAUAACAUUGACCCCUUAUGUGUCUUAUACCGUGUGAUGGUUAACCCAGUGACUGAUGUGAUGGGUGGUGAUGACUGAUCCAAGUAAUGAUACAAUGGGACAGUUUUUGGCACUGGUAAUGAUUCUUGUCUUUGUACAAGGCAGAAUCUUUGCUUGAUCUCUACUAUGCUUCUUGAUAUUCAAUGUCUCUUGUUUUCUUAUGUAUUUCUUCCUUGCACCAAAGAAAUUUUGUGUAUUUUUUUUUUUAACAUGCUUGAAUUUAUUUGCCAGUUUAUUGCAAGUUGCAUAUCUGUGAUAUUUGGACUUGAGCUCUAAUAGUGAUGGGAGCUGCCCGGCCUGCCUGAUAAAAGAAAAACAAAAGAAAAAAAAAGAAAAAAAAAGAAAAAAAGGUAGGGUAG